UCAAGUACAAGAAACAAAAAUAGCCAACAAAAAUUCAUAUAGAGUUUCCGUACGAAAAACAAUCUAGCCUUUUGUACAAUGGUGCAGCAAAAGAUAGUUGUGAAGGUGCACUUGAGCUCUGAAAAACACAGAACCAAGGCGUUGAAGAUUGCUGCAGUCGCUAAAGGCGUGAGCAAAGUGUCGAUAGAUGCGGAGAAAGAGCAGCUGGAGGUGAUUGGAGAUGGAGUUGAUUCCAUGAGAUUGACCAUGUCGUUGAGGAAGAAGCUUGGCCAUGCCACCAUACAAAGUGUUGAAGAAGUUAAAGGUAAAACCGACGAGAAAAAGCCAACUACUUAUCCAAUAACUUGGACAUCAAGCUAUAUCCAAUAUCCACAACAUCCUCCACACUAUCACGUAGUUCAUGAUCAAUAUCCACAAGAAACGAAGUGUUCUAUUAUGUAAUUGUUGACUCUGAGUUUAAUGAUUAAUCAUCUUUACCAACCAACAUUCACAAUCAAGAUCGUCAAUGCUCAUUUGUGCUGAAUGCUGAGUUAUACCACUAUUUUGAAAUUAUAAUCUCUAUACUUGUACUAACAA